GGAAUUGGAUGACAAUUGAAGGGGCGAAUCCUAAAAAGAAUCUUUGAGGGAAAGAAACGCAUUUUGUGCAAUUGUCUAAAAGGGAAGAAAAAAACGCAAUUAUGUUUACAUUUUCGAACAGCCGUGGCUUAGCUUUCUUCUCACAAAGUGAGGCUGAGGAGGGGGCAAAGUAGAAAUCGGAAAGGAAGACCAAAAUCAAAACAAAGAAAGUAUUAAGAGGUGAAACUUUUUUUAACUCAAAUCCAGAUUGUUACCUCUUCUUCUGGAGCUGUCGUUUGUGAUGCUUUGUUCGUUUCUAGAGCCGAAGAGCCGAAUCAAAACUCCAUAGCUACUGAUUCUCUCACUACCCAUCUGCAGAAAAUGGCAGAAAUCGGUUUCUACUUGAAUCGCUGAGCCAAGCUCCCGAUCUCCCUCUCUCAAUUGGCUCAAUUUGUCGGCUGUGCUAUGAAGAACUCGUUUACAUUUGUCAUUUUCAUACUAGUUUUACUCGUUUUUCCGCUUCAAAUCCAAGUUCAUGCUACUCCUGCAGGACCAUUGAUUAAACACUUGUCUUCUAUUGUCAAAUGGACUAGGUCUUCAUAUAAAGCCCCCCCAUCAGGUGAUGGUAAUGUCCUGCAAUUUGAGAAUGGGUACUUGGUUGAGACUGUAGUGGAGGCAAAUGAAAUUGGAGUUCUUCCACAUAAGAUCCAUGUCUCAAAGGAGGGCGAGCUUUUCGUCGUUGAUUCGGUUAAUAGCAAUAUUGUGAAGAUCACCCCUCCAUUAUCCAAAUAUACUCGAGCAAGAUUGGUUGCUGGGUCAUUUCAAAGCCACACGGGGCAUGUUGAUGGAAAACCAAACGACGCCCGUUUUAAUCAUCCAAAGGGUGUAACCGUGGACGAUAAAGGGAAUGUGUAUGUUGCUGAUACCUUGAAUUUGGCCAUCAGAAAGAUUGGAGAUGCUGGUGUGACAACCAUUGCAGGGGGCAAGUCAAAUGUCGCAGGCUACAGAGAUGGACCAGGUGAAGAUGCGAAGUUCUCAAACGAUUUUGAUGUAAUGUACAUCCGUUCUACUUGUUCCUUGUUAGUUAUUGACCGUGGAAAUGCUGCGAUUCGGCAAAUAUUUCUAAAUCCGGAGGAUUGUGAAUAUCAAGAUAGUUCAAUUUCCAACAGUGAUGUUCUCAUGAUCAUUGGUGCUGUUUUGGCGGGAUACGCAACGUAUAUGCUUCAACAGGGUUUUGGAGCCUCGAGCAUGUCUCAGACAUAUUCUCCAUUAGAGACUGAGUAUAGGGAAAAACCAAACAAGGAAGAAUCGACCUUGACUGUGGAUAGUGUAAGGGAGACACCAGGAUGGCCAUCAUUUGGACGACUCAUCAUUGAUCUCUCCAAACUGGCUCUUGAAGCCGUGGCUAGCAUUUUCCUUUCUUUUGUUCCUGCCCGUUUCAGAGCUCGUAACAUCCCGAAAGGCCUGACCCCGUUGAAAGAUUCUCUCUGGAUGCCUGAAGAUGAACCCGAUCGACCACCAGCUCAAAUGCAGAGAGCUCCUGUUCCUCUGACUGAAACAAGACAAGCUCAUAUAGGCAAUGCAAAUGAUCAAGUUCCUGAGGUGAUGAUGAAGCCUCCAAAGCUCAAAUCAAGUAGUUUCAAAGAUCCCUCACUGCAAAGUAAGCACCGAUCGAAACGUCACGACCGUGCUGAUUUUUACGAAUCUGGUGAGAUACCUCCACCUUAUAGCAGGUCCAAGAGCCAAAAAGAAAGACCACGACACCGCCAGCGCGAGAAAAGUGCAGAGAUCCAUCACGGAGCUGCAGGACCUGAGCCAAAGCCCAUGGAGAUGAAGCCAGUCAAUUACGACAAUUCAAACUUGGAACAUUACAACAUCAGGAAUAAGUAUGAGCCAAAUACUUCCUAUGGAUUCUAACUACUGGGAAUCUUUCAACUCCUCUCGAUCUAGCUUCCCAUUGGGUACGAUUUUGACCCCGAUUUAUAUAGGGAUUCGUCGUUGCGAGCAACUGAAAAUGAGCUCGAGAUUGAUGUAAUAUUCUAUAUUUGGAUGCUUCUGUAUUUGUAAAAUUUCGGAACUUAAAAUUAAGUUCAUCCGACUAUCAAAGUAAUUGCAAGUUCAUCUGAGUUCA